AGGCACUUUAUCCUGACAGCAAGCGGAGGCAAAACCAAAAGCUUCCCCCUUGAAGUGGCGCCUAAUUGAACAACCCCUUUAGUCUCUCUCAGACUCAGAAAUGGAAUUGCCUGUAGCUUCCGCUACCACUACUUCACUUCAUUGCGCCUUUCUUCCUCGCCACGGCUUAUUCGGAGCUCUGAGAUUUGCUGGCAGAGAGAGAAGGUGCAUAAAGAAAGUUGUACGGGCUAAAAUUACUGCAAAGUUCGAUCUGAAGCCUCCUCCAUAUUCACUGAAUGCUUUAGAGCCAGUUAUGAGCCAGGAGACACUAGAGUAUCAUUGGGGGAAGCACCACAGAGCAUAUGUAGAUAACCUAAACAAGCAAAUAGAAGGAACAGAUCUAGAGGAGAAGUCACUGGAAGACAUUGUAGUUAUUUCAUACAAUAAGGGUGACAUUCUUCCAGCUUUCAACAAUGCAGCGCAGGUUUGGAACCAUGACUUCUUCUGGGAGUGCAUUAAGCCAGGCGGUGGUGGAGUCCCAUCUGGGGAUCUUCUUAGGCUAAUUGAAAGAGAUUUUGGUUCAUUUCCAAAAUUUGUUGAUCAGUUUAAGGCUGCUGCUGCAACACAAUUUGGUUCUGGUUGGGCUUGGCUUGUAUAUAAAGCAAACAGACUUAAUGUCGGGAAUGCAGUAAAUCCUCGUCCAUCAGAGGAGGACAAGAAGCUUGUAAUAGUCAAGAGCUCCAAUGCUGUGAACCCCCUUAUCUGGGAUUAUUAUCCGCUCCUUGCCAUUGAUGUUUGGGAGCAUGCUUACUUCCUGGAUUUUCAGAGCCGGCGGCCUGAAUAUAUUUCAAUGUUCAUGGAUAAGCUAGUGUCAUGGGACGCAGUCAGCUUUCGGCUUGAGCAAGCAAAGGCACAAGUAGCUGAGAGGGAGAGGGAGGAUGAGAGAAAAAGGAGAGAGGAGGAGGAAGAGACAUUGACACCCGGGGAAGCUACUACAGAAGAAAUUUAUCCUGAUAGUGAUGCUGACGCAGAUGCUUGAUGAUUUUUAAUUUUGGUUGAUCUUUCUAAUUUUGUAACUUUGAGCUAUAAAUCGUAAUGUGGCCAUUUGUACCCAGUAGGUGAUUAGGUGUAAUGUUCAGAUAGAGCAGCCAAAUUUUGAUCUGGAGUAGUAGUCAUAAUUCUUUUGUAUAUUCGAGUUAGUUCUUCAUAAUCAUAUAUGCUUCAAUGAACACAUCCUCUUAUGGACACUUGAAAACCUGUUGAUUGAGGUCACUAUGUGAAUUAGUAAACUUGUUUCAACUCCA